AUGGAACAUAUUUCAUCAAACAAAGCACAAGCGUUCUUCGUAGACGGACCAGGAGGGAUAGGAAAAACAUUCUUAUACAGAGCUCUAUUAGCAACAGUAAGAUCGAGAAACCUUGUGGCACUUGCAACUACUUCAUCGGGUGUUGCCGCUUCCAUUCUCCCAGGGGGUCGUACAGCACAUUCACGUUUUAAGCUUCCACUUGAUGCCAACGAAACAACCUCAUGUUCCGUUAGCAAACAAAGUUCUCUUGCAAACCUUCUACGAGCAUCAAAAUUAAUAAUAUGGGAUGAGGCUCCAAUGACAAGAAAACAACACAUAGAAGCAUUGGAUAAAAUGCUACGAGACAUAAAUGAUUCGGACACACCUUUUGGUGGAAAGGUAAUUAUUUUUGGAGGAGAUUUUAGACAGGUAUUACCUGUUGUCCGAAAAGGAACAAGACAGGAGCAGGUAAAUUCUAGCUUGGUUCACUCAUACUUGUGGCCCACCUUCACCAAGUUCUACCUAAUUGAAAAUAUGAGAGCAAGACUGGACCCAAUAUUCUCUGAUUACAUAUUGUCGGUCGGCAAUGGAAUGCCACCGAUCACCGUCAAUGACACCUUACAAAUCCCAAGUAAUAUGCUCAUUCCUUAUCACGACGACAACACAUCUUUAAACCUCCUAAUAGAAAAUGUCUUCCACAACAUCCAUCACUACCCAGAAAAUGUGUCUACCAUGAUGAAUCGAGCUAUAUUAACACCAAAGAACUCUUUUGUCGAUGAAAUUAAUUUGAUGUUAAUUGCACGUUUCCCGGGAGAAGCACAUCACUACUACAGUCGAGUUGAGGCUAUAGAUAGCACCGAGCAAUCAGUUAUGGAAGAUUUCUUAAACACUCUUACACCAAACGGCCUUCCUCCACAUGAAUUGCAACUAAAGAGGAAUUGUCCAAUAAUGUUACUUAGAAACAUUAAUCCUUCAGAUGGACUCUGCAAUGGAACCCGUUUAAUUUGUCGAGCAUUUGAACCAAAUGUGAUAGAUGCUGAAAUUGCUGUAGGACACCAUAGAGGAAAAAGAGUCUUUAUACCAAGAAUACCAUUCUUACCCAAUGUGGAUGAAAAUAGCGGCUUUCCAUUUAAACGAACACAAUUCCCCAUAAGAUUAAGUUUUGCUAUGACAAUAAACAAAUCGCAAGGCCAAACGUUAGAUUAUGUUGGAGUUUAUUUGCCACAACCUGUUUUUUCACACGGUCAGUUAUAUGUGGCAUUGUCAAGGGCAAAAACAUCGUCUACAGUGCGUGUAUUAAUACGACCUGUGACCACAGGCCAGCACGAUAAGGACUACACCAAAAACAUAGUCUACACAGAGUUAUUAGAAUUAUCAAGUUCAAACUAA